AUGUGUGGGUGAUGAAUAAUGUUAUUGACACUUUUGCAAGAAUACUGAAUGAUGAUCCAGAUCAAAGUGUCAAGAGUAACUUGAAGUUCUAUUUCUCUACAAUCCCUUUCAAUAUGCUCUGCCAGAAUGAACCGUAUGGUGGAUCACAGGAUAGUCAAGCAACCGAAAGCAAACGCUUAGAAAAUUUUAUUUUAAGUGUACGCCAUGAGUAUGAAACUGCUGGUGUGAAGUCUUUGAAGGGAUUCCAUCUGUUGUUCUUUCCAGUCUGGUCUGGUGAUCAUUUUUAUCUCAUUGUAAUCAACCAAAAGGCGAAGAAGGUGGAGAUCAUUGACAAUCUCUCCUUACCUGAAGGAAUUACAUAUGAUGAUAAAUAUAAAACAUUUGCAGAAAGAACUUUUGAAGCAUGGACAAUAUUUUCUGAACAAGAAGGACAUCCUUUGCGGAAGGCACAGAUUUCAGCAUAUGAAAUUGUGUUGCUUGAAAUGCCAUGGAAGAACAGAACAAACAAGACUGAUUGUGGGGUAUAUGCAAUGAGGCAUAUGGAGACCUACAAAGGCAACCAGACUUGGAAUUGUGGCUUCAAAAACACAGAUGAAGAUAAAGACUUUAUUUGCAGGCUGAGAAUGCGGUACGGUACUGAAAUCUUAUUAUCCGUUCUGAACAAAAGGCAUGAGCUAAUGUAUCUGGCAUUGAAGAGAGCUAAUCAAGUUGAAUAGUUGGUUGUUUUCAUGAAGGCAGAAUAAUAUUUACCUUUUAUUAGAAGUAUGCUUUAAAAAACAAUGGUAUAUUUUGUAGAUAUGGUUAUUGCUGGAGUUAUGGGUUGUUCUUUUAAACAUGUGUGGUGUUCUUUUGGAAACAAUUAGAUGUUCUAGUAG